AUGGCGACUGUGAAACGAACAUUACUAACGGGACUCCCAUCCGAAUCAAAUAGAUUAAAGCGCACUCUAUAUGUCGGAGGGUUAGAUGACCAUGUCAAUAAGGCAAUUUUGCAAGCCGCAUUUAUUCCCUUUGGGGAUAUUCGCACGACAGAAAUCCCAAUAGACAGAGCGACGGGAAAACAUCGAGGAUUUGGUUUUAUUGAAUUUGAGGAGGAGAAGGAUGCUGAUCAGGCAAUUGACAACAUGAAUGAAGCGGAGUUAUAUGGACGGAUAUUGAGGGUUAACUUGGCAAAAACACCAGCGAGAAGGCCUGGAGAAGGAUCGAAGGCUGUAUGGUCGGAUGACUCGUUUUUGCGCCAGCAAUUGGCUGAAGAAUCGUUGCCAAUUACGGAAGAAGACAUGGACCUGGCUGCCUUAUUGAAGUGUACCGAAGCUCAAGAAGCACUAAGAAAGCGUGAAGACGAUAGACGUCUUGAACAAGCUCAAAUCUAUGAGACCCCACCUGAUGAUUAG